AUGAUUACAACAAAUGAAACCAGAAUGAAUGGAUUCCUCCUCAUAGGGUUGUCAGAGAACCACAAUCUGCAACUGUUACAUGCUUGCCUGUUCUUGGUGAUGUACCUUUUGGCCUUGACAAGCAACUUCACCAUCAUCACCAUCACAACCCUGGACGAGCAUCUCCAGUCACCCAUGUAUUACUUCCUGAAGCAACUUUCCCUUCUGGACCUCUCCUUCAUCUCUGUCACAGUCCCCCAGUCCAUUAGCAAUUCCCUCACAGGCAAUGGCUAUAUUUCCUAUGCUCAGUGCAUGCUCCAGGUGUUCUUCUUCACGUCUUUCGCCUCGGCUGGUGCCAUUCUCACGGUGAUGUCUUAUGACCGCUAUGUAGCCAUUUGCUUCCCGCUGCACUAUGAGCUCAUCAUGGAUGCCAGAAAAUGUAAGAGUGCUAUGACAGCUGUAUGGGUAAGUGGAGGCAUGACAGGAACUUUGUAUAUGGCUGCCACAUGUACUAUCACAUUCUGUAAAGCCAAAGUAAUUCAUCACUUCUUCUGUGAUAUCCCCCAGUUGAUCAAGCUCUCCUGCUCCAAUGAUUACCUUGCAGUCAUUGGAGUAGAUAUAGUAGUGAUUAUAGCAGCCUUACUCUGCUUGGGCUCCAUUGCCCUCUCCUACUUCCACAUAUUCUCCACAGUCCUAAGAAUACCCUCUGCUGAGGGCCGGUCCAAGGUCUUCUCUACCUGCCUGCCCCACCUUUUUGUUGUCUCAUUUUUCAUCUCCUCAGGCAUCUGUUCAUAUCUCAAACCAACUUCAGACUACUCAACUGACUUAGAUAUUUUGCUGUCUAUGUUUUACACAGUAAUUCCCCCAACACUCAACCCUGUUAUCUACAGCCUGAGGAAUGAGGCCAUGAAAACAGCUAUACAGAAGUUAAUGUUGGCUAGAGAAUUCACUAAGAAAUAA